UGGUAAUGUAGGAUUUAGUCACACUCUUAAGUACGGAAGGCUGUGGUUUGGGACGUAGGCAGAAAGAGAGAGGCAGGACUGUUUAUUUCAGCUUGGUUUAAAUACAUCAAUAGCGCAGGAGAGUCACUCGGAAAUAAAGAAAUAUUAUUGCAUAAAAAUUGUAGUAAAUAUUUUAUUCUUUCAGCUGUUUGGACGGUGGACUUAGUGUCGCCAAAUGACCACAGCAUCGUAAAGGGCUUUCUGCACUGUAGAGUCGUACCAUGAAUUACGUGGGACAGCUGGCCGGUCAGGUCUUUGUGCAGGUGAAAGAGCUCUACCGAGGCCUGAACCCAGCCACCCUGUCUGGCUGUAUAGAUGUCAUUGUGGUUCGUCAGCCUGAUGGUUCCCUACAGUGUUCACCCUUCCAUGUCCGCUUUGGCAAGAUGGGGGUACUGCGGUCGAGGGAAAAAGUGGUUGACAUAGAGAUUAAUGGGGAGCCGGUUAACCUACACAUGAAACUGGGGGAGAACGGUGAAGCCUUUUUUGUCAAGGAGACUGAGAGUGACAUAGAGAUUGUUCCAUUCUAUCUGGCCACAUCUCCAAUAAUGACUGAUGGCUCAGAAUUGAUGGAAUCCCAGUUGGGGAAAAGUGUGUCUCGUCUGAUUGAGCCUUCUGGGACUUCUAUCCAAUCUAUUGGCCCCUCAGGAGAGAAUGGUAUGAAAAAGAGGAGGAAGAGGAGAAAGAAAUCCAAAUUAGACAGUGUGAAGCGAGAGGACAACGGAGACUCAGAAGAUGAGGACAUGUUCCCCAUUGAUAUGAGUUCUGAUGAAGAUACAGCUAGCAGAGCUAUGUCAUAUGACCCCUAUGAUGAACAGGUGAAUAGUGGUCCACCCGGUAGCUCCUUUAUGCAGAGCAAAGAGUACUCACAAUGCACUGAAGACUGGGCAAGUGUACAAAGAACAAGUGUGGAAGAGGCCUGUACUCUGUCUGUCCCAACUAAUGGAGGUCUGUCCAUCUCUUGCCCACAACAAUCAUCCACAUUUUCUGCUAGAACCAGUAUGGGACACGGAUUCUUGCCUUCCCCACCCAACAGUGACUCAGAGCUGCUAGUCAGUCAGAUGACCAAGGGGAAGGCGCAGAACCCUGAGAUGCUGUGGGCCUGGGGAGAGCUCCCACAGGCUGCUAAGCCCAUGUUCAAGCAGUCUAUCAUGGAGCCCAUAGUGGUGACUCCAGCAUUGAUCCCCAUGUCAGACAACACAUACUUUCGGGCUAUCACAGGAGAUGGGACGGUGGAGAAAAAAAUGGAGGAAAAGCCUACAGAACUUGGAGCCGAAGAAGCAGCAGCUCCAGCAUCUGCUCUUGCUCCAUCUAUGGAGAUGGAGGUAAUCAGUGCAGCAGCUCGCACUAUUGCCAAUAUGGAAGAUGAACAGAGUCCUGUGUUCCAGGUUCACAGUAAAACAGAAUCUCCAUUAAAAAGAAAAGACAAAAGAAGUCAUCAUCUUGGAUCAGACGGUGUGUACCUGGAUGACCUUACAGAGCUGGAACCUGAGGUAGCAGCACUCUAUUUUCCUAAGAGUGAUGUUACAGGGUUGUUUAGGAGUAGGAUAGAGAUGAGGAGUGCAAAUCAGUCACCACAGUCAUUGGGAAGCAGUGGCAUGGACAGCGGAGUUGACAGCUUCUCUGAUCAGUCAGGAGAGCUGCCCAGUAUUGCCAUCUCUCUGUGUGGAGGAUUGACAGAGGAUCGAGACAUCACUCGAGAGGAAUUUGAGGAAAAAGCAGUAACUUAUCAGGAGUUUGCUAAUAAUCCAUCGAUUAUCGAUGACCCCAGUCUGGUUGUAAAGAUUGGAGCCAAGUAUUACAACUGGAGUACAGCCGCUCCCCUUGUACUGGCUAUGCAGGCAUUUCAGAAACCCUUGCCAAAGGCUGCAUUGGAGAACAUUGUGAAGGAGAAAAUGCCCAAGAAAGGAGGACGUUGGUGGUUCUCUUGGCGAGGAAGAAACAACAGCUCUAAGUCGGAAUCUGCUGAAUGUGAGGAGCAGACAAUAAGCAGUAGGUUAAAGGAUGAAUCAUCCUCAAGUGAUGAUGACAGCAGACCUCUUAAGCAGAAUUCAACAUGUAGUCAGUCAGAGCCUCUCCCCAGCUCCAGCAGCGUCUGCUACAAGAAGACUCUACGCUUGUCCUCAGAAGAGCUGGCCAGUCUACAGUUAAAAGAGGGCCCCAAUGAUGUGGUAUUCAGCGUGACUACUCAAUACCAGGGUACCUGUCGUUGUGAGGGCACCAUAUAUCUGUGGAACUGGGAUGAUAAGAUUGUCAUUUCAGAUAUUGAUGGCACAAUCACCAGGUCAGAUACCCUUGGACAUAUUCUGCCAACACUUGGCAAAGACUGGACCCAUCAGGGUAUUGCCCGCCUCUACCACAAAGUUAGCCAGAAUGGCUAUAAGUUCAUGUAUUGCUCUGCACGAGCAAUUGGUAUGGCUGAUAUGACAAGAGGCUACUUGCACUGGGUAAAUGAGAGAGGCACAAUGCUACCGCAGGGCCCUGUUCUGCUCAGCCCUAGCAGCCUGUUCUCUGCACUACACAGGGAGGUCAUUGAGAAAAAGCCAGAGAAGUUCAAAAUUGAGUGUCUGACUGACAUCAAGAACCUUUUCUAUCCAAACACAGAACCCUUCUAUGCUGCUUUUGGAAACCGAGCAACUGAUGUGUUUUCAUAUAAGGAGGUUGGAGUGCCAUUGAACAGGAUCUUCACAGUGAAUCCUAAAGGAGAGCUCAUUCAAGAACAUGCUAAGACCAACAUAUCAUCAUAUGGGCGUCUGUGUGAGGUGGUUGACCACAUCUUUCCAUUACUGAUUAGAGGCAAUACUUCCGACUUCCCCUGUUCAGACACUUACAGCCAGUUCACCUACUGGAGAGAGCAGCUACCAGAGCUAGAGAAGCAUGAUCAUGAUGUGGAAAACAGCUGAGUGGAUUGACAUGCAGUUCUAUUAUUCUGUUAUAUCAAUCUUAAUCUGUUGUUCUGUUAACAUAUAUUGCCCAUAUUUUUAACAGUCUGGUAAAAAAUUAAUAUGACUUCCUCUAUCUCAGCAGCAAAAAGACUAAGCUUGCCUCUGAAACUGUUGAAAAUAACUAUACCCAUAGCCUUUCUUUGGCUCGAAAUAGUGUAGGUGUUUUUAUAUCCAUGUCUGCUAUUAGAAUAGAUUUAACUUCAUAUGCAGGAAAUCGUUUGUAAUCUUGUAAAUUUGUAUUUAAAAUUCCAAGUAACAUUUUGUACAGCUAUUAUUGAUUUGCAUAUAAUAGAUGUUUGAAGUCUGCGCUAUUCUCUCAGGUCUAACACAUUUUUAGUAAGUACAGUAUAUUACAAAAAUCAAAGAACUUACAUAUGCAACAUUUGUGCCUGACUGAAACUGUUCAGAACAACCAUAAAUUGUUCCACAUUGUACAUUAUUUUUUGUCUUCUUAGUUUAUAAUAUAGAAUAUAAAUUAUUGUUUCAGAAUAUGAAAUACAUAAAACGUCAAAUUUACAAUAGUAUUUGCAAGUAAUAAUCUGUAAUGCAUUCCAUUAUGUGUGUCCAAAUUCUAUCCAACACCUAACACAACAUAUCUAAAAAUCUGCAAUAGGAAGGAACUCAUAAAUAACUCAGGGCUAAAAAGUUUCCCCAUUUUUUUUAGCCACAAUAUAAUAACGCAGCAGAUGCGGUUACACCUCAUAGUUCCAGGGUUCCUUGUUUGAUCCUCAGGAUGCAGUCUGUGUAGAGUUUCUGUUCAUGUUCUCUGUGUUCAUGUGGGUUUCCUCCUAACUCCAGUGAGUAAAUUGGCUACUCUGAAUUGCCCUGGGUGUGGGGCACCUGAAUCGCUGAUGCGCUGAAUCCACUACAACGCUCCCCAGGAUAAAAUUAAUUACUAUAAAUUAAUGACUAUAAUGGUUAUAUUAUAUAUAUAUAUAUAUAUAUAUACACUAUAUUGCCAAAAGUAUUCGCUCACCUGCCUUGACUCGCAUAUGAACUUAAGUGACAUCCCAUUCCUAAUCCAUAGGGUUCAAUAUGACGUCGGUCCACCCUUUGCAGCUAUA